AUGCCUAUCAAUUCAGCGUUCUCAGAAGUCAACAUCCCUGACUUGGAUCUGUGGUCGUUUGUGUUAGAGUCAACUAAGACAUUUGCAGACUCUCAAGGUAUGAAUACCGGGGUUCCAGUUAUGAAUGCCUAUUUACACUCGGAAGUUAUAUAUAAAUCUGCCGACAAUCCUGGACGGGAAUACACGUUCGCAGAUGUGAAGGCUGCUGCAAUUACAUUUGGCGAGGGCCUCUAUCAUCACUUCGAUUGGCAUAAAGGCGAUAUUCUUGCGAUCUAUUGCCCCAAUGACGUUGACUUUGGUUCUGUGAUUUUUGGGACAUUUUAUGCAGGCGGUAUCGUAUCACCAGCCAAUCCAGGUUAUACACCCGACGAACUCGCCUUUCAGCUUCGCAAUGCUGGAGCCAAAGCUUUAGUUACGGCAGAAUCCCAUCUUCGGAAUGCUGUGGUGGCCGCGAAAAGCGCUGGUAUUCCAAAUGAGCGUAUUCUGAUCCUGGGACAGCAGCACUCCCAACAAUUUCGUCACUGGAGUGAUAUCAAAAAGCCAAGUGAGCAUCUAGAGUAUGGAAGGUGGAGCUUAAUACCUGAUGAGGAUCUUGCUUUUCUCGUCUACAGCUCUGGUACCACGGGGCUCCCAAAAGGGGUCAUGUUAAGCCAUCGCAACGUGGUUUCAGACCUUUGUCUUAUAACUGGAGCUGUGGGCUAUCAUUAUGAAUCUGGCAAGGACAAGAUGCUUGGAAUUCUUCCAUUUUUCCAUGUCUAUGGACUCGUUGGACUCGUGACCCAGUGUCUCUAUCGGGGAAUCGAGAUGCUUGUCGUGCGUGACUACGAGUUUGAAGGAUUUCUGCAAUUAGUCCAAAAUCACAAAAUCACCUUCGUUUACGUCGCACCUCCUGUCAUUGUGCGUCUAGCCAACGAUCCUUUGGCCGAGAAAUUUGAUUUGCGCAGUCUUCGCAUGGUUACCAGUGGAGCUGCUCCUUUGACGACCGAGCUCAUUGAAAAAGUUUAUCAUCGUCUAGGUAUUGCAAUUAACCAAGCAUACGGCCUUUCUGAAACGUCACCAAUGACACAUACCCAGCCUUGGGAUGAGUGGCAGACAUCUAUUGGCAGCGUUGGCAAAAUGUUUCCCAACAUGUCCGGGAUAUUUAUGUCAGAUUCUGGUGAGGUCAAGAGAGGCGAAAUUGGAGAGCUAUGGCUUGCAGGUCCGAACGUCUUCAAAGGAUACUGGAAGAAUGAGGAGGCCACGGUAGCCGCAAUCGUCGAGCAAGAUGGUCGAAGAUAUCUUCGGACUGGAGAUGUUGGUUUUGAGGACGAGAAUUGCAAUUUCUUCAUCACAGACCGAGUGAAAGACCUUAUCAAAUACAAAGGCUUUCAAGUUGCUCCCACCGAGCUUGAAGGGAAAUUAGCCUGCCACCCCUUGGUCCAAGAUGCAGCUGUCGUUGGCAUAUAUGAUAAUUCCGCCAAUACAGAAGUGCCUAGGGCCUAUAUUGUUCAUGCUACGAGAGGCGGCCAAGGAUGCAACAAGGAAACCGGAGUCCCUCAUGACCACCAGAGUCUACGAGAUGCAAAGGAGAUCAAGGACUGGUUUAUGACCAAAGUGGCGAGUCACAAACUGCUGAGGGGCGGGGUGAGAUUCGUUGACCAGAUACCUAAAAGCGCCGCGGGGAAAAUCUUGAAAAGUGAAAUCAAGAACAUGGCAAAAAGGGAAAAUAUGCCACAAAGAUCAAGGCUAUGA